AUGAUUACGAAUCGUUUGCGCAACCAGUUGUUUAACAAGCAAAAUUACAGCAAGCACAUCCCACCCGUGGUGGGCCCAGACAAACGGGCGGACAUUAAUACACAAAUAUUAACCCUCGAAGUCAUCGUGGAUUUGUUUUGGACGGAUGCGGGCUUGCGGUGGAAUCCCACGGACUUUGGUGGACAGACCCAACUGGUUGUCUCGUCGGACAUCAUAUGGAUGCCAUACAUACAUGUGAUCAAUGGACCCGACAUAUUGAGUACGAGGUCCAUUCAAAAGUCGUCGACUGUGUAUAUCGUGGCCUCCGGUGCGGUCGAGUACUACCCACAAACACAGCUCAGGAGUUACUGCGAGACUGAUCUGACGGACUACCCGUCCGAUCGGCACACGUGUUACGUGGCUGUCGGUACCUAUUAUAUGAACAAAUAUGUGGAUGUAUUUCAUUAUAUAAAUGACACUGAUGCUGACUACUUGGCAGCUAAUAGAGUGAAACGUGUGAACCCGGAGUGGGAAUUCAUAUCAGCUAAAGGCAAACGAUAUGUGCAAGUAUACGAAAGUGAUAUCCAAUUCACAGUAGUUGUCUAUUCGGUGACUUUACAGCGAAAGCAAUCGCUUUUGUAUUACUUCAUCACAACACCGAUAAUAGUGGCGAUCAUUAUAUCCAUAGUCGCCAUCACUUUCCCCCCAAACUCUGUCAAAAGAUACCGAUUAAUAGGACUGUCGUUAAUAAUACUCUUUGUUAUACUGGUAUUCAUUGCCAACAAAAUUGCAUUCAAAGUCAAUACAGACGUCCCACGGAUUGUUCGCAAAAUAGCCAUAAAUAUGGUGUUUAUCUCAAUGAUGACAAUGUGUUCAGUAGUGAUGAACAGAUUAUUUGCGAUGACAUCACCAUUACAUCCAAUGGUAUCAGUGGUACUCAACAACCCAUUCAUUGGUGUCAUAGGAGUCGGCGAUUAUUUGCGAGAAUUAAGUGUCAGAGAAGGCAUAGAAAGUAGUGUUGAGAUCGCAUACAAAGACCAGUCUUGUGAUGAUUACGAAUCCGUAAAAAGUUUGCGCGAUCAGUUGUUUAUUAAACAAAAUUACAGCAAGCACAUCCCACCCGUGGUGGGCUCAGACAAACAGCCAGUCAUUGUCAACCUAACUGUUGAUAUAUUGAAAAUUAUUGAUUUGGUUCUCAAUAUUACGUAA